AUGUCUGCUGCUGAGCCUGCUGUUGAAGCUGUUCCUCAGCCCGUCGCUGAAACGGAAGAGAAGGCGCCAGAGCCAACCGCAGCCGCAACCCCUGCUGCUGAAACCACCGCCGAGCAAAAACCAGAGACCCCAGCUGAGCCCGCUGCGGACAAGCCUGCAGAAACUGCUGCUGAGUCAACCGAGAAGGAUGACUCCGCCGACAAGAAAACAGAGCCUGAAGCCCCAGCAAAGCCAGCUUACCUGACCAAGGUACCUGGCCUCGGCCAAUUCUUCGACAGUCUUCCAGGCAUUCUUGAGAAGUCCGGCCACCCGGAAAUGUGGGGAGUGACUUUGAAGGACUCCGAUGACAUUCCCACAGUCAACGUCCUCAUCAAGUUCCUCCGUGCCAACGAGGGUAACGUCAAGCUAGCCGAGGAGCAACUCACCAAAGCCCUCGAGUGGCGGAAGCAAAUUAACCCUCUGGAACUUGCCAAGAGCGCCGAAUUCAGCGCAAAGAAAUUCGGUGGAUUGGGCUACAUCACUUCCUAUGUUGAUCCCACAUUCGGCGAGACAGUCUUUACUUGGAACUUGUACGGUUCUGUCAAGGACCUGUCGGACACAUUUGGCGAUUUAGACGAAUUUAUUCGUUGGCGCACAGCAUUGAUGGAGAAGGGCGUUCAAGAGCUUAAAUUGAACGAGGCGACCGAGGUGAUUGAAUACGAUGGCGAGGAUCCGUAUCAGAUGCUGCAAGUGCACGAUUACAAGGGGGUCUCAUUCCUUCGCCUGGACCCCGCUGUCAAGGCUGCUUCCAAAAAGACGAUUGAGGUGUUUUCCCUGGCCUACCCGGAAUUGCUUCGAGAGAAAUUCUUCAUCAACGUUCCUACCAUUAUGGGAUGGGUGUUUGGCGCCAUGAAGGUGUUCUUGAGCAAGAACACUAUUCGCAAGUUCCACCCAAUCUCGAAUGGCGCCAAUCUUGGCCGAGAAUUUUCAUAUGUUGAAGAUCUCCCCAAGGCUUAUGGAGGUCAAGGUGCUGACCUUAAGGAAGCUGGCCGCACUGUUCCACUGAUUGACGACAUCCCUGCUGGCGAACCUGAAAAGGCACCCGCUGUGCCAGCAAAGGAUGAAGCUGCCAAGGAGGAAGAACCUACUGAGCAGGCUGCUAAGGAAGAAGCCGGAUCUGCAGCUGAACAAGUCCCAGCGGCCACCGAGGCCCCCAAGGAAGAGGCUCCUAAGGAAGAGGUGGCCAGAGAAGAGGCCCCCAAAGAAGAAGCGACCAAGGAGGACUCCGCCAAAACUGAGGAGCCAGCCAAAGAAGAAGCCGCUGCUGAGCCAGUCGCCGAAGAGGCGAAAUAA